GCUACAUGAAAUGGGGAUUGGUGUAAAGUGGCUACUGGCUCAAAAGAUGGGAAUAUCUUUAGUCUGUACUUGGAGUUCAAUCUAGGUUUGUUGAAUGUGCAUAAAUAUUGCCCGCUUAGAAGAUGUUGAUGGACAUGGUGCUGACAAAUAUAUAUUAGACGCCAUCGGUAUAUAACUUCGUGUCUUUCUGAUUGAAAAAGAUAACAUAAUAGGAUCUGCAGGUGCCUGGGCCGAGGAAACCUGGAGAUAGGCCUACUAAAUCUCAUGGCAAUAUUCGGCCAUUCUGGGUCCACAAGAACUUGUAUCCGGCAUCUCGGCGGGCCUUGUUGAGAUCUUUCAUUAGCUCCUUAGUGGAAGCGAUCAAGUUUUCAUUGAGGUAGAUCUUGCCAUCGCUGUUGUAUCCAAGAUCUUUUGUGCUGAGGGUCUUCAGCUUUCUUCUUCCAUCAUACAUGAUGUUCCGAGCACGUCUUGUGGUGAAUCGCACGAUGAUUGGACGGGCUCUGUUAUCAGCUUGGCGCUUGGAACCCAGCCGAUGAACCACAUCGAAGUCGGAUGCUGCAAGCUCUGGGCUGAUGUGUUUUGCAAUAUUGAGUAUGAUCCUUUCAGGAACCUCUCCCGGUCGUUCUGCUCAUAUAUUGAAUAAUGCCAGCUCCCAAGGUCAUUCGUAGAUUGGAAAUAUGGAUAGAUGCAUACAGCUCCUUCUUUUGAUUGUUGCCGGCGCACUUACCUUCGCUGGUGUGAAUUCAGAAUGCCUUUCGCCGAACGCUACCUGUUCAAACUGUACCUCCAGCCCCGGCCUCAACGAUGUAGACUCCUACCCUGCCAAUUCUUACAUAACAUGGAUGUGCAAUGAUGGAUUUGCAAUGGGUGGUGAUGCUGACGCCGUCGUUUGGGUUUGCGCAGAAGAUGGGGAGUGGCUGGGUGACGAACCUAAUUGCACAUUCAUCACGUGUCCCAGCCCUCCUGUCCCGGCCAAUGGCGAUAUUGAGAACGGGACUCAGAAGGACUUCUACACACCCGGUGACGUGAUCCAAUAUACAUGCAAUGCAAAUUAUUACUCAAAUAACACAGACCUAACCAGCACGUGCCUUCCAAGCGGUUCUUGGUCCAAUGUGGAACCAUACUGCUCAAUCAAUUGCAGUGAUAGUCAAAUUUCGUUCCCCGAACGCAGUACAUGCUUUGCAGUAUCCUCUGGAGUUAGCGAAUGGUCUGGUGCCAGGGAUUACUGCGAUAGAGAAGGGGGUUUCCUCGCUCUUGUCAAAGAUGAUGAAAUUCAAACUUUCCUCAAUGAAACUUUAGCGGGGCUUAAUGAGCAAUUUUGGAUUGGUGGACAAGAAGGAAGGCAUUGGAAGUGGAGAAGAGAUGGGAGGAACAUAACGCGACUGUUUUGGAAAGAGGGGGAGCCGAGCAGCACCAGUGAGAAGUGCGUCGAGAUGAGAGACCUAAUUUACCGUCAGAAUUGGAAUGAUGAGAGUUGUGGAAACUCAGAAGGAAAGGGAUACAUAUGCCAAUUUAACAGCUCGGUAUGCUCUGACGGCUAUUUGGAUCCGCAAAAUUACACGGCUCUCUACCGUGGAGACUGUUAUCAUUUUUUCAACAUCAGUUCCACAUGGGAUGGCGCAGCGACUGCCUGCGAAUAUCAGGGUGGAUACUUGGCUGAAAUCUUGGAUAUGAGUACACAGGAUUUCAUUUCAGAGGAGGUAAAGAGAGUGUAUGGAGAUGGAAUAGAGUGGUGGAUCGGCGGCUAUGAAGAAGAAAAUGGAGAACCUAGGUCGUGGUUUUGGGUUGACAACACCAGAGUUUCAACCUUCCAGUGGGCAUCUGGGGAGCCGAACGACUUAUUUGGAAAUGACGAAUGCAUUGAGCUUUCAUAUGACAAAGACUUUAAAUGGAACGAUGAGCGAUGUAGCGAGCCUAGGCGAUUUAUUUGUCAGUUUGGUUUACCAACAUGUGGGGAUCCCGGGGAGCCGCUCCAUGGAUCCAGGUCGCCGUCGGAUACCCCCUCUUUCCUAGACGGAGCUACCGUAAACUACGAGUGUGACCCAGGUUACGAGGUCAAAGGAGACACCUUAGCUACAUGCAUGUUCAAUGGCAGAUGGGAUUCAGUGAGACCGGGGUGUGAAGCCGUUACUUGCCCAAAUUCGACUAUCGAAGUGCAAAACGCUGCGAACGUGACGGUAUCAUCGUACGCGUAUCGAGGGGUAGCUGUCUAUACUUGCUCCACGGGCUACGUGCCCGAUGCCUCUCCAGUCAGUUACUGCCAGGCAGAUGGAACGUGGAGUAAUCCUAACUUUACAUGCACUCUUGCGAUGGCAGUACCAACUCAGCCCACAACCGAUGCCUUGACAACUUCUCAUAAAACAGACGAGGCUUCGACGACUUUCGCUGAUUAUACUACUUCACCCUCUAAUGAUAUGACGUCACAAAUCUCAGAUUCAACAACAGGCUCCUCAACUAUUGGAGCUUCUACAACUUACACUUCAGAAGAUCCCAAGACCAAUUCGCCGACCACGUCUUCUAAAACUGACAAGAUUUCUUCACUUCCUGACUCCUCUACUGCACAUAUCACAAAGGAUUAUCCGGCUUCAUCUAAAAAAACUGACAAGAUUUCUUCAACUCCAGAAUCCUCUACUGCACCUACUGAAAAGGGGGAAAUAACCACCGAACCAUCGAACGGGGACCCACAGCCAAAUAUUGGUGCAAUUGUUGGAGGUGUUUCAGCAGCAGUCAUCGUCAUCAUACUGCUGAUAUUGGCUGUUGCGUUAACCAAGAAAAGGAAAUCAAAUCGUGCGAAAGCUAGCGGGGCGCUUAUCCUGAGCGGCGAACCAGACACGAAAGCGGAGAAAAACACUUACUACAUGAGUGAGCUUGAGUCGCCUGGGAUAGUAGAGGAAGUAGACCAAGCAGGCUUUAGAGAAGAUGCAACAGGAAUUGGACAAAUAAAUGGACUCUAUGUCUCACAGGAACAACCCGGAAGUGCUUCAUCAGGGUCAAUCCCAAACUAUGCGCGGGUCAAGAAAACUGAAAUGGUGGAAAACGAGCUGUACGGAAAAAGCUGGCGAUAGUGACGGGUACUCCGGGCAGAAGGCAUCUUACUUUAAAAACUCGUCAACCUUUCCGAUUGAUAUGAAUAGCGCCCCCUACGACGGUAAAGUUGAUAAUGAACUUUACGCCCCUGACACUCGCUGAAGAGACAAAGUUUUUUAGUCAAAUAUACACGUAAAUAUGCAUUCCGGAAAGGAGAGUAUCCUUAGCACGAACAAAUAUAUGCAUUGCGCACUUCAGCUAUGGCAGUAGACGCCAAUAUUAUUGUAUCUUUGACGCAUUUACACUAUAUCAUUUUUGUUUUCAAAUAAAAAAAUACUCGUGUUCUCAAGUUGCAAAAAUAUAGAAUUUUGUUAAAUAUAAUUAAGCUUUAGAGUGGAGCGAUCGAGUCAUUAGACCUCGUUUGUGAUGUUAUAGUGCAAAUGAAUGUGCAUUUCCGAACGUCAGUUAUCAAAACAAUAUAAGAAGCUCAUUUAAUUCUUACCCCUUUGAUAUUUUUAGUUGUUCAAGGGACUUGAUUGCUUUCCUUACAGAUGAUAUAACUCGGACUUGUUUUAUGUAUUAGCCAGGUGUUGAAUUCGAAUUGAAUUUUUCAACAAACUUCAUUCACUUGACAUGAACAUUUUGUUUUACAAUGAAUGCAAUGAAAACAUAUAUAGAUAUAAAUGUGUGAAGUUAUACAUGUACAA